GGGGGGGGUUGCUGGGGGGAGAGAAGGAUGGAGGCAUUGUCGUUGUCCUGGAAAGGACCAGCAUGGAUGACAAGGGGCAACAGACCAAAUGCAGUGUCGGUGUUUGAUGACGAAGCGCGCUUAAUUAGCAGUGACGAUGGCGCGCGCGAUCGACGGCCAGUUGACUCUGAUGACCGGCGAUGGCGGAUUGUGGUAUGCAUGGCGGUCGGGAUUGUUGUGCUGGUUGUGGCCCUCAUGUGUCUUACUGUGGCGAUUGCCCGAGGUACUCGAGUGGAUGGAGGAGUAGCGGCUGCUGCUGAUGGAGGAGCCCAAGCACUAGCUGAGAGAGGUUCGCCUCGAGCUGCGCAAGCCAUCCAUCGUCGUCCUUCUCCUUCUCCUUCUCCUUCUCCUUCUCCUUCUCCUUCUUCUCCUUCUCCUUCUUCUUCUCCUUCUCCUUCUUCUUCUCCUUCUCCGUCGCCUUCUUCUUCUUCUUCUUCUUCUCCUUCUUCUUCGGUUGCUAGUGGUGAUGAGUGUCGACGCAGCAGCUCCGAUCCGCUUGCAACGACCCGUAGCAGCAGCACUGGCACUGGCGCGGGCUCAGGCCCUCUGUCCUUUCUUGCUGUCGGCGACUGGGGCCGUCGCGGGAUGUUCAAUCAAACCCUUGUGGCCGCUUCGAUGGCCUACGUGGCCAGCUAUCUUGGCGGCGUUGACUUUGUCGUCUCCACGGGUGACAACUUCUACGACGCCGGACUUCAAGACACCAUGGAUCCUCUCUUUGCCACCUCGUUUUCGAACGUGUACGCUGCACCCAGCCUUCAGCGACCCUGGUAUGUUGUUCUGGGCAAUCACGACUACAUGGGGGAUCCAACGGUGCAGACGAACGGGGAUCUGAAGUCGCAGGAUUGGCGAUGGAACUGCAACCGCACGUUCGUCGUGAAGAGGGACCUCUGUCCCUCGCAAGCGACCUUGGAGGGGCAACGAUGCAAAGCUUCCAUCUCGCUCUUCUUCGUGGACACCUCGCCGUUCGUCCGGGCGUACUGGAAUAACACUAAGUUCAAUUGGAAGGGCAUUGGUAAUCCGGAGAGGGACACGGAGUGGCAGCUCGAUUGGCUUCGAGAGGAAUUGGGCAAAGCAGUGAACGACACGUGGAAGGUCGUGAUUGGUCAUCACCCCAUCUACAGCCUGGGCUCGCACGGCGAUCAGCCGGAGCUGGUGGAACUCUUGCUGCCCCUCUUGGAGGACGCAGGGGUUCAUCUCUACAUCAACGGUCACGAUCACAACCUGCAGCUGAUCAUCACGGACAACCUCCCCAAACAUGCUCUCGCUAUGGUGACCUCUGGGGCCGGGUCCGAAGUGCGGUCUGGAUUUGCCUCCCUUAACGGUGGAGAUAGGAAUGUCUUAUUCCUUCAUGAAGGACAGGGCUUUGCCUCCUUUCACGCAGACGCCGCUAGAUUGCAAGUGCUGUUCUAUGAUGUGGAUGGCAAGCUCAUUCACUCUUUCCAAUUCCACAAAUGACUGGUGGCGCGUUCGAAGCUGUCGUUGUCGUUGUCGUUGUCUUUCUUGCAUGUAUGAUAAGGGACGCUGGACCCG